AUGAAGGCUGUGAAAGAUAAGCCUCUGAAGAAGCGAAAACAAGAAAGCAAACCACAGGAGCUUGGUGGUGCUACUGGAGGAAAUAGAGCAGCUUCUCAGGAGACAGGUUCUACAGGAAAUGGGGCAAGGCCAGCAUUGAUGGUUAGUAUUGAUCUGCAGCAAGCAGGAAGAGCAGAAUCUCAGGCAACAGUAACUCAGGAUUUGGACAUCAUCAAAAAACCGGAAGAAAUUAAGCGGUAUAAUGAUGGGUUUGUGUGUGUUUCUCAAGAAGACACUGUUGGAGUUCUUAAAUUUAAACCUGAAAACCAUCCUGAGAUUUUCAGGGAAACAUCAGACUUUGAGGGUCAAAAGCCGGAUAUCCAGCAGAAUGAAAACAGACAAAUAGAAUUUCAGCAAAAUGUGAGCAGGCGGUUGGAAAAUAAACAGAAUGAGAAGAAACAGGUAGAAGCUAAACGUGAAAGCAAGCGUGAAAGCAGACAAAUGGAAGUGAAACAAAAUGAGAAUAGACAAAUAGAAUCAAAACAAAACCAGAGCAGGCAAAUGGAGAUGAAACAAAAUGAAGGAAAGCAAAAUAAUGGCAAACAGGAAAUCAGGCAGAGGCCCGAAACACCAAAACAGAAGAAUGAAGACAGGCCUGAAACACCAAAACAUAACAGGAAGGAAUCAAGUAAACCAUUAUCAGAUAAGAAAAUAGAAAUAUCUAGGCAUAAACUAGAUGUGAAAUCUGAUCCUUCAAGAAUAAAAUCUGAAACUAGAGCUGAUCCAACAAAACAAAGGCUUGAUGGGCAUUCAGUUUCUGAUACACCGAGGCGUGACCAUGAUAGCCUUAAACAAAGAUCUGAGGACAGGGAGGAGUCAGAGAGAUACAGAGGAGAUCCAUCCAAGAUCAGAAGGCCUGAAUAUUUGAGAUCCUCAAACAAAAAUGAACAUGAUUCUAAGCAUGGUAUUAAAUCUGAUGGUUCAAAACCUGAGAAAUUUGCAAGGAAACAUAGACAUGAGUCUGGUGAAUCAAGGGAAAGGUUUUCUUCUGGAGAUCAGAAAUCAAGACCUGACAGUCCUCGCAUUAAACAGGAAGGUAGAGGAGAUUCUAGUAAAUCAAAACCUGAUAAACCCAGUUUUAAAUCAUCCAACAGCAAGCAUGAACGAAGGACAGAUGGUAAUAAGAGUAAAGCAGAUAGUACUAAAGCACAUGCUGAAAAUAAAGCAGAGUUUCCCAGUUAUUUGUUGGGGACAAGAUCUGGCACAUUGAAACAUUUUGUCAUUCCAAAAAUCAAACGUGAUAAAGAUGUCGAUGUCACUCAGGAAUCAAGGAAAACUGAAUUUAAAGGUGAACAGGACAAAGUACAGAAGAUUGGGCUGGUUGAAGAUCUAAAUAAAGGCGCUAAGCCUGUAGUUGUCCUUCAAAAGCUUUCAUUGGAUGAUGUGCAGAAAUUUAUUAAGGAUAGAGAAGAUAAAUCAAGGGGCUCUUGUUUUAAACCUAACAAGAACAAGUCAUCCAAAUCUAAUAAAG